UAUGUUACGCUGGUAUUGCGGCAGCGGUGCGCGGUAAGUAAAAUCAAGCGCACCCUGUUUUUUUCUGUAGGUAGUCUCUCAGUGGACCAAUCACAGACAGCGGUGAUGUAAACAAGGAAAUUGCUAAUGCAACGGAGAGCAAACAAGAGAAAUGAGACAGGAACUUCUAAUAUCUUUACGGGAACAACGUAUAAUUUCGCUUUCACAAUUGAAGGAUAACGACUUCCUCUGUUGUUGAAACAAGAUUUUCGGCUUUUAUACGACUUUUACGAUAUUUCUCUGUCUACCUCGACGAAUUAUUGUGUAGUAUUAAAUGGAGGAACGCCAAAAGAAGAUCCUCCAGCGCAACAGGACCAGUCUGGUGAGAGACUUGGACCCAUCGAACCUUUAUGAUGGUCUUAUUGAAAAGGGAGUUUUUACCCAAGACAUGAUCGAUGAGAUCAAGAGCUCAGGGACCAGACGUGAUCAGGCCAGGCAGUUGGUCCAGGACUUGGAGACCCGGGGGAGUCGAGCCUUCCCGUUAUUUCUGGAUUGCCUUCAGGAGGCAGGGCAGCACAGUUUGGCAGAGCUCCUUCAGAGUGGAGUUCCAUCAGUUCAGCUCCAGCCUGCUACUCCUACCCAGACUGUACGCCCUGUUCUCCAGCCUCUGCCAGUGUCCUCUCCUAUGGAUGUCGAUAAGAACAUUAAAUAUGCUGUCCGUGUUCAUCCAAUCCCAAGACCCAGUACUACUCCUACUCCAUCACCUGAAAGGGAGUACAUGAGACCGAGGCCACAAGGCAGAACUAGACGGGAUAGUAUUCAGAGCUAUAAAAUGGAUGCCAGCCCAUGUGGACAUUGCCUCAUCAUAAACAACGUAGAGUUUGAACCCGAGAGCGAGCUGAGCAAUCGCAAAGGCUCCAACAUAGACUGUGACAAACUGGAGAGUAAAUUCAAGGCACUCAACUUUAUUGUGGAAGUUAGGACGAACCUGAAACAAAGACAAAUCAAACAUGAACUUGCAUCUUUAUGUAAGAAGGACCACUCCCAAUAUGACUGCUGUGUGGUUAUCAUGCUGUCCCAUGGGACUGAGGUGAGUCACAACCGAUUCCCUGGUGCUGUGUAUGGUGUGGACGGACAGCAUGUCCCAGUUCAGCACAUCACAAACUACCUCAAUGGCCAGCAUUGCCCGUCUUUACAGGGCAAACCCAAACUGUUCUUCAUCCAGGCCUGCGGAGGAGGUGAAAGAGACACAGGCUUUGAGGUGUCCCCUGACGAGGUUGAACCCUCCCACGGUGGAGCGGAUGAUCAGACGGACGCCAUCCCAAUGUCGUCCAGCAGCGACUCUCUGAGCAUGUCUGAUGAACCAGAUGCCAGAGUAACGCUGCCCACCCCCAGUGACAUCCUGGUGUCCUACUCUACCUUUCCAGGUUAUGUUUCCUGGAGAGACACCCAGUCAGGCUCCUGGUACGUGGAGACACUCAAUGGUAUUCUUGAGGAAAAUGCUGCUACCGAUGACUUGGUCACAAUGUUGAUGAUGGUCAACCAUGAAGUCUCUCAAAACUCAGCAAAAGGGCUCUACAAACAAAUGCCUGGUUCCUUUAACUUCCUCCGCAAGCUUCUCUACUUUCAAACCCAAGCAUAGCGGCAGAGUUCCGCUUUACUUUUCUCAGUGUCACGUUCAGGAAAGGAAAGUUUACUUUAUGGAUGUAAUUUCAAAGAUUCAAAGGGUUUAUUGUCAUAUGCACAAUAGCUAGAGUGUAGUUGUUGGUAAUGGAAAUCUAAGCCUCAGUCUCCUCAAACAAUGCAACAUACAAUACACUUGAGACAUGAGAAAGAAAAUAGUGCAAAUAACAUCAUUGUGCAAUUGGGAUUUCUGAAGUGUUUUUACAGACACAAUCAUGUCUUAGUGUACAUUUCUAUUGUUUGUCAUAUCUUGCAAUGUUUUUAAUUGUUUUAACUUUUUGGGUAAUGGUGUAGAAAAUAUUUAUGUACAGUGAAAAUGUUCUCCAGUUUAUAGGCUUGGUGUCUUAUUGACACUAGCAGCUGUCGAAUUGCAAGAGUAGACAAUCAACAUGAUGUUUAAUUUGUACUCUGCAAAUUGAUAUUAAAGACGUUGCUUUCUUAUAAAUGUUCAUAAACAAA